AUGAGGAAACGUCUUCGCGCUUGUGAGGAGUGCCAUCGUCUGAAGAUCAAGUGCGACAUCAGCAGUAAUCCUGACGCGGCCAGCUGCGAAAGAUGUACGCGCAACAACCUGGAAUGCGUUCCAGCAGCGCCGCGACUACAACGCAAUCGUAUCCAGGAGCUCGAGGCGCAGAUACAAGAACUCAACAACUUGCUACAAAGCCAAAGCACCAGCAGCCUUACGCCGAGCCACUCGCCUGGAAGUCUUACCACCACAACGCUAGGCCGAUCGCCCGGUAGCCUAUCCGACAACCACUACGAUGGCGUAUUAUCGUUCCUAGACGCCCGAAUUCCGCCUAACAAGCAACAACACCUGCUUCACCUUUAUGCGCAUCAGGCGGGAACGGCUUGGCCAGUCAUACGCCUGUCGAUGGAUCUUGACCAUCUCCGCGCAAAAGCUCCUAUUUUACUGCUUGCUGUGAUGGCAUACACUAUUACACAAGAGGCGCAAGGCGUAGACCUAGAAACGCAUGAUGAGCUAGUGCGCGAAACAAUGCAUAUUCUCGGCGAGGAGGUGAUCGGUAGGGGGCAGAGGUCCCUUGAACUUGUGCAGGCACUUCUCGUGGCCACACUCUGGAACAAAAGUACACGGAGGGGCCAACAGGGAAGCUGCUAUCAGAUCCUGCAGCUAGCCGCCGACAUGGCGAUCGAUCUGGGGAUCGCAGGAUUCUCGCUGCAGCCCUCUCCUGUGGCUUACUUCUGCCGGCACGAGGAUACAGGGUCACUCGAGGCACGGCGUACCUGGCUAGCCUGCUAUGUGGCACUGUCGAGCUCGUCGAUCAGCACGCGCCGACCUAACCCGUACCCUUGGGAUGCGUAUCAUGAGGAGUGCGUUUUGUGUCUGGAGAGCCAAGGAGAUGCUUCUGACAUGCUGCUUUGUCAGAUCGUCCGCAUCACCCAGCUCAAUAUGAAGAUUUCCACUCACCUGUGUCUUUGCCAAAUCGCCACUUUUGUCGAUGGCAACGAUUACAACACCUAUGCCGUAAUUGACACGUUAAAGAGCAAACUCGAUGCAUGGGCAGCUCAGAUCCCACCUAGCCUGGUAACAUCCCAGACCCUAAAGGUAUGGUGGCAUGUAGCCAUGGUUCACCUAUACGAGCUCGUGCUACACACACCAACAAACAAGGCGUCAUUUACAGCACCAUUCAUCCCAGGCCGUCUUCCUAUCAAAGACUACCCUAAGCCUACCAACAUCAUCGCUCCUCUCAGAACGACUCUCGAAGCCCUUGUCCAGAACUGCCAUGCAGCCCUCGACACAGCUGCAGAGAUGGAUCCAGUUUUGGCUGUUCACCUACCGUCGUUUUGCUUUGCACCCACCAUCCUCUAUACGCUCUUUGUGCUCGUCGCCGUCAUGGUAGCCACGACCGACCCAGGCAACACAUACGGGCAAUGCCUCCCAAAAGAUUGUUUCCGCAUCGAAGACUGCGGCCUGAAACUGCGCAAUCUGGUCGUGUACAUGAAGGUUUUGGAUCCGACCUUGAGCUGCUUUACAACACGUAUGUUUGAUGCGACGAGCUGGCUGGAGCAAUGGUAUAACGAUUACACUGCUAUUCUGCAGCGAUAUGAGGCAAACCUUUCCAAUUAA